GGCACAUCUUCAUCCCCAGUCUCCCAUACACAUAAAGCCCAUCCUGGGCCAGCAAGCAGGGCCAAACAGGGUCCUUCCCGAAAAAAAUAUGUCCGCAUCGGCUGUACCACACAACGCCGACGGCGGCGGAGACAGCCAGCCGCAGCUCGUCCUGGCGCUCGGCUGCCACGCCGUGUGGGACACGCUGCAGCUGGACUGGGACGCCUGCUUCCGCGCACGCGUGCUCAACACGUUCUUUCCCACCCUCGCACUCGCCCUCUCCGUCCUGGCGUUGCUCACGCACUCCCUCCGCAGCAACACCCGCAAGCGCACAUCCGAGGUACAGGUCGCCAAGCUCGACCCUGCCGCCAGCAGCAUCUACCUCCCUGCCCGAACCCCUGCUGGACGCGGCUCCGCACCGCCCCCAGCGUCUUCUUCUUCGUCAGCAACACCGGCGGCGCUCCAGGUCUUUCGCACAGAAAAUUCCGUCAUCCUCAACGAGGUGCACAGCACGCCCCUCGUCCAGGUCUCCACGGCAGAUGCGGCGCGCUACCGGCGUCUCGAGGCGCUCAAGCGCGGCAUCGAGGUGCUCGGCGCUGGCGGCCUCAUCGCGUCGCACGCCGCGGCGUGGGCCAUUGCACGCGGCCAAGGGGACCACAGCGCGCUUCCACUAGCAGCAACGGCGGCAGCGGCACUCGCCUGGCCCGCACUAUGGCUGUACUUUGCCUUGCUCAGCGGCUGGACCAUGACGAUGACACGCAGCCUGUAUGCGCACAAGGCCCUCCUCGUUGGCGCCUACGUGCUUGUCACUGCAUCCAACCUGCGCUCUGCCGUCUUGCAGCAGCCUGGAAGCAGCGGCGACGGGGGUUACGUGCACGCGAACGCCGCGGUGCCGCUUGCGGCGCUGCAGCUGGCGCUCGCGCUGCUCGUCGCCGCGCCGACGCUUUUCUUCCCACUCAAGCGCCGCACCCCACACAGCCUGCAAGCCAUCCACCGCACCAUGCGCACAGAGGCGCGCCUUGCCACCAUGCGCACCGCCCUCCCCACGCCCCGCCGGCGCGCCGGCGUGCUGGCGACGGAGGACGAGGAGCACAUGUUGGAUGCGAGCGACGAAGAUGGCGCCGCAAACGACCUCGUGGAGCAAGCGCGUCUGGCGCUUUUGGCCGGAACUGGAGCCUCCUCUAGCACGGCAGCCCCGCCGCCGCCGAGCCCAGAGCUGUACGCAUCGCUAUACUCGCGCUGCUUCUUCGGCUUUGUCACACCUGAGCUCGUUAGGCACUUCCGCGAGCAGUACCGGCCCGAGCAGGUCCCGGACCUCCUGCCAGAUGACAAGGCCGCCGCUGUUGUCAGCGCCUUCCGUGCGCGUAGCGGGAGCAGCGGCGGUCGCGGCAGUGACAGUGGCAGCAGCUCCGGGCGCAAGCUCACACUGAGCCUCUUUCGCCACUUCUGGCCGCAGCUGACGUAUCAAUUCGUCACCUCAUUCGCGCAGGCCAUCCUCAGCCUCUCGUCGCCCAUCGGCCUGCAGUACAUCCUCGCAUUUAUCGCGCAGCGCUCCCGCGCCGCCGCCGCCGCUGGCAGUGCGCAUGAGCCGCAGCAGCAGCAGCAGCCUCCGCUGCACAUGGCGGUGCUGUACGCGUCGCUCAUGUUUGCAGGCCAGGUUCUCUUUGCUAUCCUCGCGAGCCAGGCGCUCAUGACGGGCCGCAAAAUCUGCAUCAACCUGCGCGCCAUUCUCAUCACCGAGAUCGUUACCAAGGCGCUCCGCCGCCGCAACGGCAGCGCGAAAAACAGCGGCAGCGGCGGUGCGGACGAGGCGGAUGCACAGGACGCCAAAGGAACCGACACCGACAGCACCGCAACCGACGGCCAGAUCGUCAACCUCAUCUCGGUCGACGUGUUCAAAGUCUCCGAGGUCUGCGCGUACCUGCACUUUGUGAUCCCCAUGGCGCCGGUGCAGGUCGCACUCUCGCUGUACUUUCUGACGCGCUUGCUCGGCUGGUCCGCCGUGAUCGGGUUCGGCGCGCUGCUCGCGUCGAUCCCGUUCCAGACGUGGGUGUCGACGUUCUAUAUCGCGUUGCAGAAGGAGCUGCUUGGUGUCUCUGAUGCGCGGCUCGACCUCACCACUGAGGUGCUCAAUUGCAUCAAGACAGUUAAGUUUUUUGCGUGGGAAAGUUCGUUUCAGUCGCGCAUCGAAAAGAUCCGCGACAACGAGCUCUGGGUUCUGCAAAAACGCUUCGUUGCGACCGUCCUGCAGAUUUUCUGCUUCCGCGGCUUGCCCGUCGCCAUCAUCGUCCUGACGUUCAGCGUUCACACCGCCGUCUUCCACCGACCCCUGCCGGCCGAAGUCGCCUUCUCGUCGCUCGCCUUCUUCACGGCGCUGCGCUCCUCGAUCGACACGCUGCCCAGCAUGAUGGCCAAUAUCUUCGGCUCCCUCGUCUCCCUACGCCGUAUCGACACGUUCCUGCGCGAAGAGGAGACCGCAAAGUACGAGCAGCUCCUGUGCUACGAUGCUCCAAACGGCGACGGAGAGGAUGACUCCUUCGGCGCGUCCCGACACGCGCAUGGCCGCACCUACGUUGGCUUCUCAGACGGUGCCUCGUUUACAUACGUCGAAGACGACGACAAGAUCGCCGAUGGCUCCGCGUUUGUCCUGCGCGGCCUGGACAUUGUCUUCCCGCCAGGGCAGCUCAGCAUCAUCGCCGGCGCAGUCGGCUCAGGCAAGUCGACGCUGCUCCUCUCCUUGCUUGGCGAGACGCGCCGGCUGAACGGGAGAACGUACCUUCCGUGCCCCAUCGCGCGCGCACUCGUGCCCAUUGAUGAGGACGGGCUGUCGGAUACCGUGGCGUACUGUAGCCAGACGCCCUGGUUGCUCGGCACGUCGAUCAAGGAAAACAUCCUCUUUGGAUCCCCGUACGACCCGAAGCGCUACCACGCUGUCAUCAAGGCCUGCGCCCUUGAGCCAGACCUCAACAUCCUGGAGUACAACGACGAGACCGAGGUCGGCGAAAAGGGCACGUCUCUCUCGGGCGGGCAAAAGGCACGCGUCAGCCUGGCGCGCGCUCUGUACUCCAGCGCGCGGGUGCUGCUCAUCGACGAUGCCCUCUCCGCCCUCGACGCGACGACAUCCGAAUUCAUCUACCGCAACUACCUUAAAGGCCCGCUCGUCAAAGACAGGACGGUCAUCAUGGUCACGCAUGCCGUCAGCCUAUGCAUGUCUGGUGCCGCCUUUGUCGUGGCGUUGCACGAGGGCAAUGUCGCCGCGCAGGGCACGCCUGCCGAGGUCUCCGCCGCGGGCAUCUUUGACGGCGAAGGGCCGCUGCACCUCGAGCUCGAGCACGAGAAGGAGGCGGAGCAAGUAGAGCAGACGAUCGAGGUCUUGGACGAGGGUCAGCUCGAAGCCGAGGCGGCCGUGUUGAAGAAGAAGAUGGACAAAAAGGCGGCACAUGCGGAAGAGGAGACAUACGCCAAAGGCGCAGUCAGCUUCAACACCUACCUCCUCUACUUUGCCAACUUUGCUGCAAACAACGUGCUUCUCUUUCUCUUCUGGGUUUCCAUCGCUGGCCUCUUUAUAGCAUCCAAGGGGGCGGACAUCUGGAGCACUGCUUGGCUUCGACGUUGGGCGGCUUCAUACGACUCUGCCCCAGCGCCCAGUGUCGCGCAGACGCUCGGGCAGUUCUUCACGCCUCCGAUGUCUGCCGUCACCCAGGCCGGGAGCUUCAUCCCGCGCUACUUUAUCACGCCAGCGUACGAAACUGUGAAGAACGUUACACCCUCAGUCUUCGCAUCCAGUUCAGAUCAGACCGUUUUCUUCGGCGCAGAGGUCCCCACUGCCACCAUUACAGAGUCGACAGGAUCGUACCUUCAAAUCUAUGCGGCGCUUUCUCUUCUUUUCAUCUCCAUCGAUGUGUUCAAGGACAGCUUCGUCCUUGCUGGCUCCGUCAGCGCCUCGCGCCGCAUCUUCAAGCGCCUCAUGGCGGCUGUCCUCAGCGCCAAGCCGGGCUUCUUCGACAAGACGCCGGUCGGACGCGUCAUGAACCGUCUCUCCAAGGAUAUGGAGGCGAUCGACCAAGAAGCCGCUGGUGAUUGCGUCUUCUUCUUGGACGUCUUUCUACAGAGCAUCGCCAUCAUCGGCAUUGUCGUCUUUGCCCUGCCUAUCUUUGGCGCUUUGUCAAUCGUCAUCGUGGGCGUCUACUUUGCGAUCGGUGCACUCUACAUUACGAGCUCGCGAGACUUGAAGCGAAUCGAGUCGGUACAGCGCAGUCCGAUCUUUACACUUGUCGGCGAGAUCAUCGGCGGCUCCGUGGCCAUUCGUGCAUUCGGUGAUGCGGGCCGCUUCACCCGACACUGCCUGCGAUUGAUAGACAGGACAAACGGGCCGUUCUACUUUUUGUGGUGCGCCAACCGCUGGCUGUCACUCCGAGUUGACACCUUUGCUGCUUUGAUCUCCUUCGUCGUCGCCCUUUUCCUACUUCUCACCCCAGGCGUCGACGCAGGCUUGGCGGGUUUCACAUUGUCCUACUCUAUCAUGCUCGUCGACAGCGUUCUCUGGGUGGUUCGAGUCUAUUCGAUGGUGGAGAUCAACAUGAAUUCGGUGGAAAGAGUGCAAGAAUACCUCUCCAUAGAGCCAGAGCGAUUCGCAGGCCAAGAGCCGCCUGCCUAUUGGCCAAGCGACAAGGGCAGCAUCGUCAUUGAAAACCUCUCGGUGCGUUACAGUGCGGAGUUUCCAAGAGCGCUGGACUCGCUCUCUCUCGAAAUCAAAGCUGGCCGUAAGGUCGGCAUUGUCGGUCGCACUGGCUCUGGCAAGUCGACCCUCACGCUGGCUCUGUUUCGUUUUCUGGAAGCUGAGACAGGGCGCAUCACCAUCGACGGCAUUGAUAUCUCCCGCGUGCCGCUCAAGACUCUUCGCAGUCGCUUGACUGUCAUCCCGCAGCACCCCGACAUUUUCUCUGGGACAGUGCGUUCCAAUUUGGACCCGUUCGGCUACUACGAAGAUGCAGACCUUUGGAACGCGCUCGAGCGAUGCAAGCUUGCCACUCGUGCUGACGUUAUCGCUGCGAGCCGCGGGCCCAGUCGACAGCCAAGCCGACCAGGCUCGGUGCACGAGGAUGACGAUGACGGUAGCCAGCAGGGUCGCGUCAUCAUUACCAGCUUAGACAUGCGUGUUGAGCAGGGCGGCAAGAACUUCAGUCAGGGUCAACGGCAGCUGCUCGCGCUCGCCCGUGGACUCCUCAAGCUCAGGGACUCGAGGAUCCUUAUUUUGGACGAGAGUACGGCGAGCCUAGAUGCAGCGAGCGACGCGCAAAUUCAAGAGACGAUUCGAAACGAAAUGUCGAAUGCCACAAUUUUGACCGUCGCACAUAGACUGAGGACAAUCUGCGACUUUGACUUGGUGCUUGUGCUGGACAAAGGUCGCAUACAUGAAUAUGACUCGCCUUACAACCUACUCAAGGACACAAAAUCAUCCUUCCACGACCUCGCGCAGCGCUCGGGUGAAUUCAACCACCUGGUAGGCAUGGCUGAAAGGAAGCAUGCCCAAGACGCUGCAGCGUCUUCAGCUUAAUGUACCCUUCGUGGGAAAAUGCUUAAAUUGCAAUGCAUGUUCUUCAUAAAGUGCCAGCGCCGU